UGACAAGAGUAAAAUCAAAGAAAAAAUACAAAAAAAUACAAGUUACGUCAAGACCAAUUCCAAUUUGACUUUUUAGCCAGUUAAAUAAUCAAAAAAAGCAAAUGAGUGCGAAAAACUAUCUACAUUUCUGAAGCUUAAAUAAAUGGUUCAACUUAUGUAAAUGUGCUACAUUGUGGAUUUCAUGGAUUACAAGCUUUAUAAGCCACAUUGAAGCUAGUAGUUCCUGCAAUAUUUAUAGUAUAUAGCGCUGAGUGCUUCACCGGCUCCUGGAGAAUAAGCUUUCGUACCUUUUGCAUGUGCCACUAGCUUCGCUCAAAUUAGAGCCAACUUCAAACACUUUUGGUCAACCUAUGCACCCCAAAUCCACCUCGCUGUAAGCUGCUUCAACCGCACCACUACCGAUGCAGCUUUAAUUCCGAAGUGAUAUGGCUCAUAAAAUUUCACCACAGCGCGGCCGCAAACUAGCGCAGCUUAGCUUAGCGAGGCAAGUGAACGAGUUUCCAUUGUCUACGCAGCCGUUCCUUAAGCUCUCUUUUGAGCUACCUAACUUCUUGGCUGCUACCGCAAUGUAAUAACCUGCGUGAGCCACAAACGUUGUCAGCUACAACAGACACUUUGUUGGAGUUGCUGGGUUCAGACGCAAGCAAUCGUUGUUUCGUGGUCGUCUUUGGCGUACUUCAGUUACUAAGUCAGUCUUUGAUCGCCGUUUGCAUUUAAUUUUACAAACACCUCGUGUACAGCAAAUUUCAAAACCUAUUCAAAAUAGUUUGGAAGUGCUCAUCGAUGUUAAAAAGAAAGGCAAGUUUUAAAUAAAACAUACUAAGAUUCUUUUCUAAAAUAGUAAUUAAAAAUAAAAACAAAAUACGAAAAUAUAUAAAGUGGCAUGUGUCCUGUUAUGAAUAAAUAAAAAAUUAUAAAAUACGGUUAAAAGACGGAAACAAUAAAAAAAAAACGAAAACACAAAAAGUGCACAUCAAUGAAGGGUCAAAAUACUAUUUGUUAAACCCUUAGAACAUAUCCUACGAGAAUAAAGGUAAAAUAACAAAAAAUAAAACGCCAAGGGAGGUGUUUUAGAAAAGAAUUUCGAAUAUUUUUACAACAUUAAAAUACUAAUUUGUAAAAAUGGCAUGUUUAAGCACUUCCGGUCGUCGAGGACUUUACAGUGUUGUCGGUUCGCGAAGCCACCAAACUCAAAAAUAUCUUUGUCAAUUAUUUUUACAACAAAAAAUCAACAGAUCGUUUUGUUCAAGCGCGGUCACUGCUGCUGCUCUACUUGGAAAAAGCAGUGUAGGCAACAUGUCCUCGUUGUUGCCACAACGCAGCUUUCAUGGAGCAGGGGUGGUAAUGCAACGUCACAAUGCCAUAACAGCAGGACAGGAUUAUUUUACGUAUUUGCAAAACACAAAUACCGCCUGCAACAGCAGUAGUAGUAGCACAACAACCACAAGCAGCUCAAAUGUAAAUAAUAAUAAUAGCCCUAAUUCCACAACACUGACAGGGAGUUGUCGUCAAUACAGUUCGGUGCAUACACAACAACCGGCAGGGCCCGUGCGAGAUAUACAAAUCGAACCUUACAUCAUACUCGAUGAUGAUCUGAAAUAUUUCUACGAUGAUGUCAGAGACCUCCUGCGGCAGGGCACGAGUCAGUCUGAACUCGAUAAAAUCGCUUCGUACUACUUCGAUGGCCAGGGCAAAGCGUUGCGGCCAAUGGUUACUAUGCUGAUGGCCAGAGCGAUAAACUACCACUUAAAUAAGGAAUCAAGUAAUUUGCUAAACAAACAAAGAUUUAUUGCGCUCUUCUCCGAAAUGGUCCACUCGGCAAGUCUGGUGCAUGACGAUGUCAUCGAUCAAUCGGAUUUUCGACGCGGCAAGCCAAGCGUGAAUGCGCUAUGGAAUCACAAAAAGGUUACAAUGGCUGGUGAUUAUAUUCUCUCAAUUGCAUCGAUUAUGAUUGCGCGUCUGAAGAGCGACGAUGUGACGAUUGUUCUAAGUAAG